UCUUGUAGAAAAUAACGCUACUUCAUUGUGCGCAGCUUUUAUGCAAACUACGUUGCAACAAAUUCUAUUGCGCGGUCAUAGUUGCUUUAAGAUACAAUUAAUGUUUACAUUGUUAUGUUAGAAUACACAAGUGACACUUACACUUGCAGUUAUUUAUCUCUAUAGUUUAUUUAUUUGUCUCUACACCGCACCUUACUGCGCAUGAAAGCGCAGCUUUGACUGUCACGUGAGUCGUCUCGUGACAACAGGAAGAAAGAAUGACAACAGUGAGGAUGGUGCUGCUGCUUCUGCUUUGACACUUUUCAAAUAGUCAUUUUUCAUUUGCAGAAAGCAACAGACAACAAUGACUUCUUUUCUAAAAGAAACACAAAGCAUAAAAGAAGCGGUGACUUUCAUCAACGCCAUUGAUGUGAACAAGUUCUCCAGGCUGAUCUCCCGCAUCAUACAAAAGCUUCACCUGAAGGGCGAGCGGACAUUCAGUGAAGAGGAGGAAGAGAAACUUCAGGCUGCUCUCUCAUUGGAGAAACAGGCUCUCAAUCUAGUCCUGGAAACUGCUGCCUUUAUACUUGAGCAGGCGGUGUAUCAUAAUGUAAAGCCGGCCUCUCUGCAGCAACAGCUGGAGGCGGUUCAUCUAAACCCAGACAAGGCUGAGGUGUUCUCCCAAACCUGGGCCGCGGCUGGACCAGAGCUGGUGGAGAAACUAAAGCACAAUACCUUUGCCCCAAAGAAGCUGGAGUAUGUCGGCUGGCAGUUGAACCUGCAGAUGGCCCAGUCCAGCCAAGCCAGACUGAAGUCUCCCAGUGCUGUCCUCCAACUGGGGCUCCGCAAUGAAGACUCUGAGGUUCAGGAAAAUGUCUUUGUUGAUUUUAACCACCAGGAGCUACUUGACUUCUACAACAAGCUUGAAAUCGUACAAGGCCAAUUGGAUACCCUGACUUGAUGCCUGGUGCUCUUUGUACAACAGACACACACACACACACACACACACACACACACACACACACACACACACACACACACACACACACUGACAGCUAUGCCAGCUGUUGGAGGCCUAGAAAUUCCAUUCUUACUCUGAUUUAUUCGAGAAAAAUGUCAAACUUUGAAGGCGUCUUUCCCCUGUGAGCUCCUUUUUAAAGCAGGUCUGUGGUCGAGAGGCCGGUGUGAUCUGACUGUACUUUGAAUUUGUAUGUCUUCAUUAAGGGGUUGGUGGGAGAAACACCUUCAUCAAUAGCCAUUGUACAUUUUCUAUAUCCAGUCGUUAGGAACUAAAUGUUCGAUACGUUCAAAAUGUGCCAAUAGUCAGUGAUCUUAAAAAUGUUUGUACUCUUCAUAAAAAGGAGGUUAAAGGAAAUAAAAUGUUAAUCUGA